AAUCAAUUUCUGCAGGAAGGGGGAGGGGAGGGAUCUGUGGCCCAGUACAAAAAGAAGUCUAUCAAUGCCCCUGGUGUCUCAGUCUCUUUCCUCUGCUCUGUCUGUGUCAUAGAUGUAUACAGAGCUGCAGGUCUGUGUGCGUAUUUCCAGUGUGCUUUGUGUGAAUUCAUACAAAUCCAGAAAAGCGUUACUUUCUUGGCAGGUUGUGUGGAGGUGUGGCUGUGUUUGUUUGUUCACAAUGUAACUGUUGUGAAACAAUCAGAGGAUAACUUUAACUAAAACUGUCUGUAUCAAUACCAAAGGAUAAAGUAAACAUAAUCAAACCAAACCAAGUCUGGUACCUGAAAGGCACUGGCCUUCCAGGAAGGAGAUAAGGAGCGAAAGAAAGAGCCAUCACACAGAGAGCUUCUGGCAGGAGAGGUGCAUCCUGUUGCCCAUUCAAAAUACAGAACCUCGACAGUAGACCUUGUGGCAUCUGCUUGUUGUGUAAAAGCACCUUUACUGAGAAGAUGCUGGUGUUGCCCGUGUGAAACUAUCCAAAAGAAGCAUGCCUGGUCUCUGUUUCUAUAGUCCUGAAGGCUGGCAGCUUCUGUGGAAAUGCUAUUGGGCCAGUGUUGAGGAUUAGGUGUCACUUUGUUCAGGGAGCCUGAGAACACAAACACACACAUUAACUUUGUUAAUCCACAUUGAAAACAUUUUGUCUCUGCUUUCCUUUGAGACUUUCCCAUUUUCAUAUAUUCAACACCAGCAGAUGUCACCUCCAGAAGUUCUCUGACGACUCAGCCAUUGUUGGCUGUGUGUCUGAAGGGAAUGAGACCUGAGGAGUACAGGUCAGUCAUCGUGGACUUUGUGGACUGUUGUGAGCGCAACUACCUGUGCUUAAACACCAGUAAAUGAUGGUGAUUGACUUCCAGAGAAGGACAUUACCACUUGCACCUGUGAACAUCCAGGUGGUACCUAUAGAGACUCUGUGUGCCUGCCUUUUCUUCAUAUUGCUAUUUCACAGUGUCAGAGACAUUUCUGAGCAUCAGUCUGUGGGCUUGUAGCCCCCAGCCAGUAACAGUGUGCAGGGUGUGAGGUCAGACUGUAGGCUAUAGGCCCUAUCUGUCUCAUGGCUGGUCUGUGUGUCUGAUUGGUGUGUGAAUUCACUUAAAACACAGCAAUGUGGUUUAUUUGUGCUGUAGAACACAAAUACAUGAAACAGACAGAAAUAAUAUUUCAUUUAUCUGAUUUACUGCUUUGUUGUGGCUAACACCACUGUACACUUUAAAUAUGAAAUGUCUGUCAUCCUGAGAGGACCUCUGAAAAAUAUCUAUACACACACACACACACACACAUAUAUAUAUAUGUAUGUAUAUAUACAUAUAUAUAUAUAGAUAUAUAUAUAUAGUUAAAAAAACAAACAAAUCUUGUGUGAUGGAACUUCAGAAUGCUAGUUUGCACAUUCUUGGUUCUUUACCUUUCAUCUGACUUUGAUGUGUCAUCACAUUCUGAACAGAACAGUGUGCUCUCCAACAGAUCUGAGAUUCACUCGGUAUCAGUACACACUCUCCAGGUUAUCUGCACGUGUUUACAGUACAACUCGUCUGAAACUUCGAUUAAUUCGACGAGUUCAUCCAACAUUUGAUGACUCUGACCUCCAGAACAGAUUCAGAGAACAACAUGCAGGCAGAUCGUGAGAUGAGAAAGAGGAGGGCUAGUGAUGAUGGCAGGAUGCCCGACAAAAGGAUGAGGUGCAGUAACCUCACCAACCCUUCUGAACACAGUGAUGUGUCAGUAAAGGACAGAAACACAAGCAGUGCCUCGUCCGAGGAGGAGAGGAUCUUUGAGUUGGCCUCCUCACUAAACACAAGCAGAGCUGAUUUCGUGAACAAGUACUGGGAGUUGGAUCCGAUCGGCGAGGGAGGCUUCGGCACAGUGCGCGCUGGCUUCCGUAAAUCAGACCAUCAACCAGUUGCCAUCAAGCACAUUCCCAUGAGCGCUGUGAGAACAGAAAAAGUUAAAUGCAAUGGGAAGGUGUUCAACAUCAUUCUGGAGGUGGCACUCAUGCUGAAAACCGCAGGUCUACCAGGAUCCAUUGGACAAUCCACUGCUGUGUCCCUUCUGGACUGGUACCAUCUGGACCAGGAGUUAAUACUGGUCAUGGAAAGACCAAGAGGCUCCAUGGACCUCUUCAGCUACCUUAAAUUUCGCGGAGGAUACCUGGAUGAACAUGAGGCAAAGAUGAUCCUGAGACAGCUGGUGGACGCAGCCAUCGACAUGCACUCAAAGGGUGUCUUUCACCGGGACAUCAAGUUACAGAACGUCCUGGUGCAGUUGAACGGUGGAGAACCCAAAGUGCGUAUCAUCGACUUCGGCUGUGGCAGCUUCUCCACUGAGGCGUCUUACACUACUUUUUGUGGUACCCGUGCAUACUUCCCUCCCGAGUGGUUUGACGAUCAGAAAUACAGUGCUCGUCCCACCACUGUUUGGCAGCUUGGAGUUCUAUUUUAUUCAUUGCUGUGUGGACAUAGGACCUUUACCACCGUGAGCUUCAUGAACAACCACAUUCAGUUCAACAGAGAUCUGCCCAAGGAGGUCAAGAUCUUGGUGUAUAUGUGUCUGACCAGAGACCCUGAGCUGCGAACCACUCUGGAGGAGCUACAGAUGCACCCUGCGCUCAACUAAGUCUCAUCCAUCCACAACUGCAUCAGUGCAGGACACACAGAAAAAAAGGA